AUGAACAACGAGGGAUAUAAUUAUAAGGAAGAGGAGAGGUUCAAUCCUCUAAUAGAAGGAGGGGAACAACAACAAUAUCCACCCGCUCCUCCAUUAGGGAAUGCGAACCGACAAACGCAACAACACCGCCCAAGGGAUGAUCGACCCCAAGUGCACCAACAAGUGCACAAUCAACAAAGGCAAACUUUGGGCGAGUUUUUCUUGCCGGAUGUGGAUAAUGCUACUUUCGGAUGCUUCGCAAUGCCGGAUCCUAAUGAGCACAUCGCCAAGUUUUUGGGUGUUCUUAACACGUUCAAGCUUCAUGGGAUAACGGCAGACCAAAUUAAGCUUCGGAUGUUCCCCUUCUCCUUGAGGGAAAAAGCUAGCAUAUGGCUACAUUCUCUAUCAAAUGAGUCUAUUCACAAUUGGAGGGAGUUAGCUCAAGCCUUCCUCAACAAGUACUUUCCCCAUGGCAAGACUACAAAGUUAACCAAAGACAUACUCGAGUUUGUCCAAUUCGAAGGGGAGUCACUUCAUGAAGCAUGGGAACGCUUCAAGGAUCUACAAAGAAGUGUUCCUCAUCAUCGGCUUAAUAGAGAGCACGUCAUUCAAAUAUUCUACGAUGGGACAAAUGUUACUACUAGGGAAACUAUUGAUGCGUCAUCGGGAGGAUCCUUAAUGCAAAAGACUUAUGAAGAAGCUCUUGACCUGGUUGAGAAAUUGGCCAUAGUUAGUAGUACAUGGGGUCCUAUAGAUAGAAGAGCACCGCCCAGUCAAAAGUCACUCAUGACUCUUGAUCAAGUGAGGGAGAUGGAGGCCAUAAAAGAAACAAAUGUUUCGCUCCAAGCUCAAGUGGAUGCUCUCAAGAAACAAGUCGCUCCUAUGCAAAGAAAUGCUCUGGUGGCUUAUGUUCAAGUCGGUUGUGAAUUUUAUGGUGAUUUUAACCAUUCGGGAGGAGAGUGCCUAAUUACGGGGCAAGCCUUGAGUGAGCAAGUGAACUAUGUUGGGGGACAAAGGCAAGCUAAUGAUCCUUAUUCCGUCACCUACAACCCCGGACGGAGGAAUCAUCCAAAUUUCGGGUGGAGAAAUCAAGAAGGGCAAGGAAAUGCUCAAUGGUCUAAUCAAGCGGGUCCAAGCUUCCAAAGAAACAAUAGGCCUCCACAACAAAAAGGUCACUAUCAAGGAAACCCAAACCAUGGGAACAAUUAUGGUGCUUUCCAAAGUAGACCGCAAGAGGGAUUGCCCUCUACUAUAGAGAACAACCCAAGGGAGCACCUUAAAGCGAUAGAGCUUCGGAGUGGGAGGAACUUAGAAAAAGCCAAUGGCAAGAAACAUGUUGUAGAGGAGGAUGAACCUCAAGUGGUUGUUGACAUAACAAGCUUAAGUCAAGAGUUACCAAAAGAAUGUGAGGAAGAGGUUAUCAAGGUUGAAGAGCGUUAUGUGAGGCCGCCACCGUUUUUCUUGAAGGACAUCAUUACCAACAAACGAAGUUGGGAUAGUGGCACAACGGCUCCCAUUGCAGAAGUGUGUAGCUCAAUCAUUUUGAAUGAUCUACUGGCUAAGUUGAAGGACCCAGGGAGUUUUUCUAUACCUUGCACUAUAGGCAAUAUGAGUUCUAUAAAUUGCUUAUGUGAUCUUGUUGCUAGUAUUAAUCUUAUGCCUCUAACUCUUUUCAGGGCGUUAUGUGGAGAUCAAACCGUGAAGAGCACCUCGAUGGUACUCCAACUAGCGGAUCAUUCAUUGAAGAGGCCUUAUGGGAUUGUUGAGGAUGUUCUUGUGAAAGUUGAUAAGUUUAUAUUUCCGGUUGACUUUGUUAUUUUGGACUAUGCGGUGGAUAAGGAAUGCCCAAUUAUCUUAGGGCGGUCCUUUAUGAAUACCUGGAGAGCUUUGAUUGAUGUCCAUGGUGGGAAAUUGACUUUGAGAAUUGAUGAAGAAAUGGUUGAGUUUAUCAUGAAGAAAGUCAUGAGGAGUACCAUCGAGGAGGAAGAAUGUAUGCGGAUGGAUUUGGUUGAUGAAGUGGUUGAGGAGCAACUAAGAUUGAACUUUGACAGGCUUAAUGAUGGCUUGGAAGGGAAUUUGGGGCAGAAAAAUCCUGUUUCGGACGAACCACCUGCUGUUUCGGAAGAAACAGCCACUGCAACACUUGGGACUGCUUUUCCUCAACUUUCGAAGGUUACUUUCUACUCUGAUGAUCAUAAUGAUGAAUAUUCAGAAAAGGAUGAGCCAAAACCAGAGAAUUUUAUUAAAAAUGAGGGAAUCACUCCUCCUUCCUCUGUUGUGCCACCAAUCGUGGAAAUGAAACCAUUGCCACCACAUCUUCGGUAUGCCUUUGUUGGGGAAAACAAAACUCUCUCGAUCAUCAUUUCCGCUAAGUCAUCGGAAGUUCAAGAGAAGCGAGUGGUUCAAGUGGUAAAGAGUCAUGUGUUAGCCAUGGGAUGGCAAAUUUCCGACAUUUGA